AUGUUGCAUAAUAACAAUCAAUUUCAACCAAACGAUGUAUCAAUGGGUGACACGAAUUUGACGUCUGAGCAAAUGAAUCCAAGUACACAUAAUAAUCUAGGAAAAGCUUCACAUCAGAUGCCUCAACCUAUGAAUCCAGGAUUCAGUGUGCCAGAGUAUUCUUACGGUUUGAACUUGAACUCAGGUAUGAGCCAGUACCCCAACUUUCAGCCAGUUCCUCAAAGCAUAACGCAAUCGCUGCCCUGGCAGCCUAGUGGUUUACCAAUAAACUUGAACAUGCAGAAUGGUCCGUUCUCUGCACCCUUUGAUAAGAAACCCUAUCAAAACGAGGCCACUUUGUUAAAUGUACCACAGAUCCCUCAAAAAUACAAAAUAGUAAUUCCAAACAAUCACGCGCAAAACAACGAAAUAUUUUUCAAUGAACAAAAUAGACCUGCAAGCAAAAAUUUAGAUGAAAAUGUAGACAAACAUCAAACACAACAACUGAAGCAGUAUUUGGAAAGUAAUACAGAUUUAAGUGUUAGAGUAAGCAGUGAAAAUGAUGUGAGCAAAAGUUCAAAGCCUAUAGCCAAUUGUUUAAGUCAAGAUUAUUUAGAUAGUGAAAAGACUACAGGAACAGCAUCAGAUGAGCCUCCAAAACAAACUUACACCAGGGAAAGUGAUACUGUCAAAGAACUUGUUGAGAAAACUAACGACAAUACAAAUUAUGAUAACAGUUUCAGUAUUAGGACUUUUAAAGAUUCAGAUUCUCGUAAAAGAAGUUUAGAAAAGACACUGAAGAUGCUAGAAAUAAGCAUCAUUAAUAGUACUAAUACAAGGAGGCAAAAUGAAACAGAUACCUCAAAAAACACUGAAUAUAGUAGGACUUUGGUUGAAGACAUAAAAGAAAUUAAACCUAACAAAGUUGAACCAGCUGAUAUUGAUAGUGAACAAUCUCCUGAAGUACCUGUGACAAAGCCGAAACCUACGAUACGUGUAAAAGAUCCAGUACCCAAAAAUGUUCAAGUGGAACGAGUGAAAAUUGAGAAGGUAGAAGAAGAGGCACCCUGCAAUUCUGUUGAAAUAAAAGUUGAGAAUUUAUCAAUGGAGGUGGUGAAUCCAUUUCAAAGGGAUCCAUUUGGUCUCCAAAGUGAAGAUGUGUUUAGAUAUCACGUGUAUGAUUCGGAGAAUUCUAUCACUGUUGCAAAAGAGUUGAUUAAAUCGGGGGGUACAUCUGAAUCCUACUUCGAGUGCCCAUACUGUAGUCUUUACUUUAAUCAUCCAAAGAGAUACUUGAUUCACAUCAAGUGGCAUUCCUUCGGUCUGACUAACGAGAAGAGAUUUGAGCUGCAAAGGGAGAAGGAAAUGAAGAAGCAGAUGAAAAGAGAAGCGAGAACUCAAAUAAAGAAGCAGAUUGACACCACGGUAAAGGAGGAGCAGGAGGGGUCAAACAAAUGUUCCACUUGUCAAAAAGAGUUCAACACUUAUAGCAGCUUGAAGAACCAUAGACAAAAGUUCCAUCCGACCCGUUCGAGGAAUUGCAAGAUCUGUGGCAAGAGUGUUCUAGGCUGGCUCGCGAUGAAGCAGCACAUGAACACCCACGAGGAGUCCACCUACAAUUGCCCCGAUUGCCCCAAGAGAUUCAAACAUGCCCACUCACUGGCUAAACACCGUGACACACAUAAGGAGAAAACUCAAGCGUGCUCACAAUGCCCCAAGAAAUUCGGUUCGGUCACUCUGCUGAAUAUUCAUAUGAAAACACACGAGCGAAUGCUUCGCGGUGCGACGUUCCGUUGCACGUACUGCGGGAAGGGGUAUUUUGAGUCGUUUAGUCUUGCGGCUCACGAACGUACGCACCGUAAUGAGAAACCAUUUACAUGUGACAUUUGUAACUCAAGUUUCGGGACAAACUCGAGCCUGAAGCGCCAUCUGAAAGUUUCACACAACGCCACGAAGCCCUACGAAUGCAGGACCUGCCACCGCUGUUUCAUGCAAGAGUCGAUCCGCGACCGCCACGAGUUGCGUCUCCACAGCGACCCGGAAGACUUCAAGUUCCCCUGCAAACUGUGCUCCUCCAAGUUCAUAGAACUCAAAGAUUUGAAGAAACAUUUGUAUAAAGUCCACCCCAAAGUUAAGAGAAAGAAGAAUUCCGACAGCGAUUACUCGGAAUAA